UGGCUCAUACGUGGGUUUGCUUUGCACUUUCAUUCCUGGGGCGCCAAGCUCAACCGUCCAUUCAUCGCUGUCCGUUCACCCACCAGCUCAGAGAGAGCACAAAAAGACACUGCUGCACAUCUUUGUUUGUCCACCGGCUUGUCCCUCGUUUUUAUCAUUGCCUUCUCUGUCAAGCUGUCAAUACUUACUUCUAUUAGCAUCAUGUCUUCCUCUGUGAUCCACAACAACAACAAUAGCAACUAUAGCAGCCGGAAUCUCUCUUAUUGGAUUGAUUUGAAAGAAGAGCAGCCUUCUCUGGAGAUUACGAUUGUGGAAAAGUACAACAUGAAUACCAGACUAUCUGCCACCAUUGAUGGAACCACCGAGCUUCAUUAUGCUUGUCCCACUAUUGACAACAACAACUCAUCAUCUUCGGACCACCAACAACCAACCAAACCAACCAUUGUCUACUUUCGCUAACUACUAGCUAGCGACUCUUAGCGAGAUUGGAAAGUUGACAGGAAUGGAGGAGGGUUAGGCUGGGAUGGUUGCAGUGACGGCACUUCAGGAUGAGAAGCACUCUUUGUAAACUACAGCAACAAACACACACACACACACACACACAACAAGGCAUGACAACAUUAUCAGGUAUCACGUUGGCUAAGGCUGGCUAUUGGGUCUGGUUGGCAGAUUAAGGUCAUCAGCGUGGGAAGCGCCAGUCAGAAACCAAUAGCAACUUGAACACCAUAUCACUUCAUCAUCACUAGCACACCACCCAGCACUAUGAGCUAGCUAGCCACUUGAUGUACUCUAGAAUACUAUUAUUGAGAAACAAAAGGAAGAUACAACAGCUAGCUAGCUAGUUUUUCCUAGUUGAAAGCUUCUUCUUCACUGUAGUGGCUGAACUUAUUAUUGCUCUCGUCAUGCAUGUGUGUGCAUGGCUAUUUUAUUUGGCACUGCCUUGAACAUGCCAACACAGACGGGCUAGUAAACAAGCAUCCUCUCUUUUACGUGCAGCACAACUCUCUGAAGAAAAACCCACUACAUGUGCACCAGCCUUGCCGUUCAUCGAUGGGGUACAUGUAGUGAAAGUCAAGUCUCCAGCUUUGUUCGAGGCUGCCUUUGGUCCCACCAACUAACUGCAUGGCCAAAGCUAAAAUGAACAGGACCGGACGGUUGCAUGAUGUACAGUAGUCUUGUGAUAGCCAUGGCCGAAUGUGUUUGUCUGCUUCGUUGGCUUUUGCAUUGCGGGUCACGCUGCUGCUACUGAUUCUGGAGGUUUGGGAUUUGUGAGACACACCCCGUAUCUACCCUUACCGUAACUAUGGUGACGCGCUGAUGAGGCAGCAAAUCAUUAAAUACCCCAUCCAUUCAGGG